AUGAGUGGCAGCUUUUGCCGCACCGCCAGGAAGUUGGUACGGCGGACUGCUCAGAUCAACUUACGAUGUAGCAGACUUCCUGGUGUAAGAUGGAGUUCCUCAGAAGGAGGCCACAAAUGGUCAACCCCGUUGGCAAAACAAUUGGCUGAGGCGAUCACGACCACCGGUCCGAUCCCAGUAGCAUCGUACAUGCGCCAAGUUCUCACGUCCGAUCUAGGUGGUUACUACACAGGAGCUCUGUCCUCUGACCGCGAUCAGUUUGGAGCAAAAGGAGAUUUUGUCACAUCGCCCGAGAUCAGCCAGAUAUUUGGCGAGCUCAUUGGUGUCUGGAUCGUUGCAGAAUGGAUUGCACAGGGACGAAAGAGCGAGGGCGUAUACCUGAUGGAAGUAGGCCCUGGAAGAGGCACUCUGAUGGAUGAUAUGCUGCGUACAAUACGCAACUUUCCACCUUUUGCCAAGGCUAUCGAGGCUGUGUAUCUCAUCGAAGCCAGUGAAACGUUACGACAUGCUCAGCACCGGCUCCUCUGCGGUGAGAAUAGCAUGGCAAAGACUGAAUUGGGUUGGGAAAGUGUCAGCCGACAUUCGCCGGACCUCAAGAUUGUCUGGACUGAGGACGUACGUUUCGUGCCUCGAGAAGCGAGCAAGACACCCUUUAUCAUCGCACACGAGUUCUUCGACGCCUUGCCUAUACACAUCUUUCAAGCCAUCAAGCAAUCUCCUGAACAGCAAAACACGAUCCAGACUCCAACCGGACCGAUUCAAGCACAGCGAAAGCAAUCAGAAGCCAGCCAGUGGAGGGAAAUGCUCGUUUCGCCGAAACCGCCGCACAGACUCAAAGAAGGCGAGCCAGAAUUUGAACUUUCGCUAUCAAGAACAGCAACACCACAUUCAAUGUACCUACCAGAGACUUCGCCUCGUUACACAGCGUUGAAGGAGACUGAUGGCGCAACCAUUGAGAUCAGCCCUGAAAGCCAGGCGUACGUGCGAGACUUUGCCAUACGGUUAGGCGGGUCGAAUCAGCAGGAGAUCGAAGCAGCAUCCAAACCAAAGGUUGCUGUUCCUGGAAGGCAGGUUUCGUCUGCCAGAGAGCAGCCUGUCCAGAAGCCUGAGCCAUCUGGAGCUGCCCUCAUGAUCGAUUACGGCCCAGCAGCUACAAUCCCAACGAACUCACUCCGAGGCAUUCGCGCUCACAAUCGCGUCUCGCCAUUCCUGUCAGCUGGAGCUACUGAUGUUAGUGCUGAUGUUGACUUUAUGGCUUUGGCAGAGACCGCCAUCAAUUCAUCACCAGGAGUUGAAGUUCAUGGCCCGGUAGAUCAAGGGCGGUUCCUUUUGUCCAUGGGCAUCGAAGAGAGGGCUGCGCAGCUCGUAAAACGGGCCGUCGACAAAGAACGUGCUGGCUCUACUGGACAAGACAAAAGCGAAUUGACUGAAAUCGUGAAGAGGAUCGAAAGCGGGUGGAAGCGACUCAUCGACCAAAGUCCACAAGGCAUGGGUCGUCUUUACCAGGUUAUGGCGAUUCUUCCUUACAAUCCGCCCAAUCAAAACCAGCCCCGGCGAAGACCUGUCGGGUUUGGUGGCGACGUUGCCAAUUGA